UCCUCCACAGCCUUGAUCGCGAGGUGCACGAGCUGAGCGCAGCCUGAGCGGGGUAACGUCACUGUCGGUGGCACCGCGGGCAUCAGUCCAUUCCCCACCACAGCAGCAGUAGCAGCGAGCGCAACGCUAUAGAGCGGCGGAUCAUUUUGAAAUGUUGGAGAAACUACGCUGUACAACAACCUUUUACUCCAGAGUCAAUGCUGUCGAAGUCCACUUUGAAGGCGUCAAAAUGCGCCCUAGCCGGACCAUAUUUUUGUUGAAGUAAGGAAAAGUCGGAAGAGGGGGAGAUUUCCUAAGGAUGAGUGUAGACAACGGGGAGACAUUCAGGCUUUAGCGGUUGGAGCCACUAGAACUUGAGUCUCAGGAGAAAGGUGCGUUCCUACUUGGACAGCGGAAUCUUUCGCAUUUUUUGGAAUAAUCAUGCCUGUUCGGAGAGGUCAUGUUGCGCCACAAAACACCUUUUUGGGGAUAAUUAUAAAGAAAUUUGAGGGACAAAAUAAGAAAUUCAUUAUAGCCAAUGCCCGGGUUCAGAACUGCGCCAUCAUCUACUGCAACGACGGCUUCUGUGAGAUGACCGGCUUCUCGCGGGCGGAUGUGAUGCAGAGGCCGUGCACCUGCGACUUCCUCCACGGAGAGUUCACCAACAGGCAUGCCAUCGCCCAGGUAGCCCAGGCUCUGACGGGGUCUGAGGAGCGCAAGGUGGAGAUCACCUACCACCGCAAGGAUGGCUCUGACUUCCUAUGUAACACCCACAUCAUCCCAGUGAAGAACGAGGAGGGCAUGGUCAUGAUGUUCAUCCUCAACUUUGACUACAUCCUAGAGGAGGACAGCAGUGACUCUCUGGAGGGACUCAACCACACGUCUCCUGCCAAAGCUGAGCCAAGGAAAGGUAGAUUCUUUUGUUUCCGGCUCCCAGCCUUACACCUCCUGGGCAUCAGUAAGCAGUCCCUCCCUCAGGAGGACCCUGACGCCGUCAUGAUCGACUCGCCCCGCCGCAGUGGAGAGUCGGUGGCCACCCGCGACUUCCGGUCACUGCCCACCCGGGAGAGCUGCAGCCCCUCCUACACCAAUGACACGCGGGCCCUCAUCGGCCCCAGCCACUGCUCCACCCCUGUGUCGGGACCCCUGGACCACUCGUCCCCCAAGGGGCCCGUCUGGGCGAGGCUGGUUCCCCAGGCGGUUCCCCAGGCCCAGCCUCAGACUGUGGGCACUCUGGCCCCCUCCAUCUCAGGCCUGACCCCCACCGCGUCCAGGGAGAGUGUGUGUAGUAUCCGGAGGGCCUCCUCCGCUCAGGACAUGGAGGGUUUUGGCUCCAACUCCAAGAUGGCCUUCAGGGACCGACACGCAAGUGAAGGACCCUUCAACCAGAUCAAAUCCAGUCUUCUGGGCUCCACGUCUGACUCCCACCUCAACAGAUACAGCACCAUCAACAAGAUUCCCCUCAUCACGCUCAACUUCUCAGAGGCCAACAACGACAAGAAGUGCCCCUCCCCUGCUUCCUCCGAGAAAACCAUCAUAGCCCCAAAGGUCAAGGACCGAACACACAACGUCACCGAUAAGGUCACGCAGGUGCUGUCGCUGGGCGCAGAUGUGCUUCCCGAGUACAAGCUCCAGACGCCCCGCAUGGACAAGUUAACCAUCCUCCACUACAGCCCCUUCAAAGCGGUGUGGGACUGGCUCAUCCUGCUGCUGGUCAUCUACACGGCCAUCUUCACGCCCUACUCCGCCGCCUUCCUCCUCAACGACCUAGAGGAGCAGAAGAGGAGGGAGUGCGGCUACUCGUGCUCGCCGCUCAACGUGGUCGACCUCAUGGUGGACAUCAUGUUCAUCGUGGACAUAUUGAUCAACUUCAGGACAACCUAUGUGAAUCUCAACGAGGAGGUGGUCAGCCACCCGGCGAAGAUAGCCAUCCACUAUUUCAAGGGCUGGUUCCUCAUCGACAUGGUGGCUGCCAUCCCCUUUGAUCUGCUCAUCUUCGGCUCGGGAUCGGAUGAAACCACCACUCUGAUUGGCCUGCUGAAGACCGCCCGGUUGCUCCGACUAGUUCGCGUGGCCCGUAAGCUGGACCGAUAUUCAGAGUACGGCGCCGCUGUCCUUAUGCUCCUCAUGUGCAUCUUUGCCCUCAUUGCCCAUUGGCUGGCCUGCAUCUGGUACGCCAUCGGCAAUGUGGAGAAGCCCUAUCUGGAGCACAAGAUUGGCUGGCUGGAUAACCUGGGCGUGUCCAUUGGAAAGAGGUACAACUACAGUGACCCCAGCUCUGGUCCGUCCAUCAAGGACAAAUAUGUCACGGCCCUCUAUUUUACCUUCAGUAGUCUGACCAGCGUGGGCUUUGGCAACGUCUCCCCCAACACCAACUCCGAGAAGAUCUUCUCCAUCUGUGUCAUGCUGAUUGGCUCCCUGAUGUACGCCAGUAUCUUUGGUAAUGUGUCGGCCAUCAUCCAGCGGUUGUACUCUGGUACGGCGCGGUACCACCUGCAGAUGCUCCGGGUCAAAGAAUUCAUCCGCUUCCACCAGAUCCCCAACCCACUGAGGCAACGCCUGGAGGAGUACUUCCAACACGCCUGGAACUACACCAACGGCAUCGACAUGAAUAUGGUCCUAAAGGGUUUCCCAGAGUGUCUCCAGGCUGAUAUCUGCCUCCACCUCAACGCGAGUCUGCUCCAGGGCUGCAAGGCAUUCCAAGGGGCUACUAAGGGCUGCCUGAGGGCCCUGGCCAUGAGGUUCAAGACCACGCACUCCCCACCGGGCGACACACUGGUCCACUGUGGAGACGUGCUUACUGCCCUCUACUUCUUGUCACGAGGGUCCAUCGAAAUCCUCAAGGAUGACAUCGUGGUGGCCAUUUUGGGGAAGAAUGACAUCUUUGGGGAGAUGAUCCACCUGUACGCCAAGCCGGGGAAGGCCAACGCAGAUGUGCGGGCGCUUAGCUACUGUGACCUGCACACCAUCCACAGGGAGGAGAUCCUGGAGGUGCUUGACAUGUACCCUGAGUUCGCCGACUACUUCCUCAGCAAUCUGGAGCUGACCUUUAACCUCCGAGACGAGCGCGGCAAGCCUCAGAAUGCAGAGUCAGUCUACCUCUACCCCAGUGAUUCUGAUGGGGAUGACAUCAAAUGCAGAAGAAGGCUCACUAACAAGAGGAAAUCUUCCGCAGGGACCCAGAUCAAAGAGACGUCGGUGUUCUGCGAUGGUGGUGAGCGGGAGAGGCAGCUCUACCCCUCCUCCCAGGCUGUAGCCACCGUGGUGGAGGACAGGAGAGACUCAGCUGAGAGGGAAGAGGAAGAAGAGGGGGAGGGAGGGGAGAGGGAGGAGCAGAGGCCUCUGUGCCCGGGGGGGCAGGGUUACCCCUUGGUGAGGGACCACACCUUGGGAUUUGGGCUGGGGGACGUUGUUCCGGACGCGUCGGGGGGAGGAGACAAUGUGGAGAGGAGCCAGUCUUAUAAAGACCUGCGUGGGGAGGAGUGGGGGUGCGUGCGGCCCAGAGAGGUCCUGGAGGAGUCGGCCCAGGACUCCCGAAGUGGGGUCGUAGAGGAGGACAGUGAGCCGGACAUCACCUACGGAGAGGUGGAGCAACGUCUGGACCUGCUGCAAGAGCACCUAAACAGGUUGGAGGCCCAGAUGACGUCAGACAUCAAGGCCAUCCUCCAGCUGCUGCAGAGGCAGACCACCGUGGUUCCCCCGGCCUACAGCAUCGUCACCUCCAGCCCAAAGUACCAGAGGCCUGCCAUCAGGGUGCAGCCUGUUUCUGCCAUCAGGAUCACAGAACCUCAACACAGCCUCAACCCUGCUUCACCACUGGCCCAGAAUCCUGACAUGGAGAAGCACCUGAACAAAUCCAAAGAUAUCAUGUCAGGCCAGGGUCCCACGGAAAUGGCCCCGGAAGACGACCUCGGGACAGGACUGCUAGAGAAGGACACAGAGCCCAGACACAUACAAACCAAAAUUGACUCUCCGGAGAAACAACAACAACCUAGAGCCCUCUUCCCCUCCGCCAGACAAGCCUCGCUCCCCGACGCAUCACCUGAAAAUUCCGAAACGCCAGGACUCCACAGGCCGGUAUCCGACCCUGGGUUUCUGGGAAGGUAGGCCAUUUCGCCUACCUGCGCCCCUCUUUCUCACCACGGAAAACUAGGGCUUCUCUCAAAGAUUGACUCAGGGUCUUAGGAGACUGUAUAUGCAAGGAAUACUGUCGACUUCCUUCCAUUCCAUUUCCAAUAUUUUCUGCCGAUCUCUGAUUUAGAUGUAUUAUAAAGUACAUUUAUACAUAGGUAUUUAUACUGUAUAUUACUAAUAUCUGUAAUGAUCUACCGUGCACAUAUUUCAGAUGUCAUACUGCCAGCAACACAAAGGCACCUAACAUGUUUGCUCUUCCAAGAGAGAAAAGUGCAUGUUUUGGAAGCGUUUUCUGUUGCAUGUUCACAACACCAUCUCAUGCAUUGCACAGUCAUGGUGUGAGGUCGGCAUGCUUUCAGAGUGAUGAGUAUCCGUUAUAUAAUUAUUCCCAAUC